UGCUGGUGCACACUGAUUCUCUGGCAAGUUUUUGCAACACCACAGGAUUCUUUGAGUUUUGAGUAGAAGUUGCUGCUGCUGCUCUUUGUGCAUGUUGUAGCCAUCACAGGUUCUACUUGUUCUCUUUUACCAUCUCCAGAGUGUGUCCUCUGUGUGUGUCCCAUCACUGAGUGUCACAGAGGACGAGCCGUUUGUGGAGAAGAUCCAAGAUUCUUGUAACUUUUCUGCUGGCCACAUCCUGUUCAAACACAUCUCUCUUCUUGUGUACCCUCCUCUCUCUGUCCUUACUGCCUGCUCUUAUUCCCUCUUGCUCAACAGACUCUUACACAUUCGAGUCCUCUCCUACAUACACACACCUCCCCUUAUUCUGGCCCCAUUUUUCUGCUUUUAGCUCUCCUCUCCUGUUCCUUUUCUCCUCUACCUGUCCAAGACGGACAGUCCCUGGUUUUCCCACAUUUGUCUUACACCACCACUGCAUAAUUCCCUCACUCUCCUAACCCCUCUGUUCCCCUAAUGGGCACCAUAUCAGAGAGUAGUGCCACAUUCCCUUCAUCGUCACUGAGAACCUCUCUCCACCCCUAACCGCCUCGCCAACAACAACCUCAACACAACCCAAUGGAGACAAAAGAUAUGAUGAUGACGAGCAUGUUGACAAUGGACAAGGGCGAGAAUGAGGGUGAGAGGGACAAAGGGAGAGAGGAGGUGGGGGGAGAAGAGGAGGGCACACAGCAGGAAAAUGGUAGACUUAUGCUGGCUGAUGGUCUUGCAGAGAGAGGACCCAAGAACCUGAACUCAGGCUCUGGCCAGCAGGUGUCCAAUGGCUUCUCUACAUCCACCCCUCAGAGCCCCAGGGAGGGACCAGGGACCGCAGCUUGCGCUGGGGGUACAACCUCUGGGUCUGGAGGCGGCACCGGGUCCUCUGUGCCGCUGGGAGGCCUCAGGACUCUGGUGGUCCAACAAACCAGCUUGGAGAGGCCCAGAGAAACCUGGAGCAAGAAGAUGGACUUCUUGCUGUCUGUAAUCGGCUACGCUGUCGACUUGGGAAAUGUCUGGCGCUUCCCCUACAUCUGCUACCAGAAUGGAGGAGGUGCCUUUUUGCUGCCCUACAUGUUGAUGGCGGUGUUUGGAGGUGUGCCUCUCUUCUACAUGGAACUGGCUCUUGGUCAGUUCCACCGCAGUGGCUGCAUCUCCAUCUGGAAACAUAUCUGCCCCAUAUUUAAAGGGAUCGGCUUUGCCAUCUGCAUCAUAGCCCUCUACAUAGCCUUCUACUACAACACCAUCAUGGCCUGGGCCUUGUACUACCUGCUAUCAUCAUUUCGGCCCACCCUGCCCUGGUCCACCUGCACCAACAGCUGGAACACAGCCAACUGUAACCGCUACAUGUCCACCGACCUCAAUGUGUCGUGGUCCAACUCCUCCAAAUCCCCUGCCGAGGAGUUCUAUACUCGCCAGGUGUUGCAGGUCCACCUCUCCCCUGGCCUGCACCAACUUGGCUCUGUCAGCUGGCAGCUGGCCCUCUGCCUGCUCUUCAUCUUCACCAUUGUCUACUUCAGCAUCUGGAAAGGAGUCAAGACGUCUGGAAAGGUAGUGUGGGUGACUGCAACCUUUCCCUAUCUGGUCCUUCUGGUCUUACUCAUCCGCGGGGCCACUCUGCCAGGGGCCUGGAGGGGUGUCGUCUUCUAUCUCAAACCUGACUGGGAGAAACUGCUUAGCACUGCAGUGUGGAUUGAUGCAGCAGCUCAGAUCUUCUUCUCUCUGGGUCCGGGGUUCGGCGUACUCCUCGCCUUUGCCAGCUACAACCCAUUUCACAACAACUGCUAUAAAGAUGCAUUGGUCACCAGCUCUGUGAACUGUCUGACCAGCUUUCUAUCUGGCUUUGUCAUCUUUACCGUGCUGGGAUACAUGGCAGAAAUGAGGCAGCAGGAUGUGGAUGCUGUGGCCAAGGAUGCUGGUCCCAGUCUGCUGUUCAUCAUUUAUGCAGAAGCCAUAGCAAACAUGCCUGCUGCCACUUUCUUUGCCAUCAUCUUUUUCCUCAUGAUCAUCAUGUUGGGUCUGGACAGCACGUUUGCUGGGCUGGAGGGGGUGAUCACAGCUAUGCUAGACGAGUUCCCUCAUAUCCUAGCUAAGAGGCGCGAGUGGUUUGUCUUUGGCCUGGUGUGCGUCUGUUACCUCGGGGCUCUCUCCACACUCACAUAUGGAGGAGCGUUUGUGGUGAAGCUGUUUGAGGAGUAUGCUACAGGCCCUGCAGUCAUCACUGUGGUGCUGCUCGAAGUCAUCGCUGUUUCCUGGUUCUACGGCACCAACCGCUUCUGUAAUGACAUCCAGCUCAUGCUUGGUUUCUACCCGGGUUGGUUCUGGAGGAUCUGCUGGGUGGCCAUCUGCCCCUGCUUUCUGCUGUUCAUCAUCAUCAGUUUCCUGGCCUUCCCUCCAGAGGUCAAGUUGUUCAACUACCAGUACCCGCAAUGGACCACCGUCCUAGGCUACUGCAUCGGGGUGUCCUCAUUCAUCUGUGUGCCUGCUUACAUGGUCUACCACCUGCUAAAUGCCAAGGGCACAUUCAAACAGCGUCUGUUAAAAAGCAUCACUCCAGUGCCCAGCAGUGACGACCACAGAAACUUCAUCGUCACCAAUGCAGUCUGACCAAACCCUGACCGAAAGAAGAUGCCACUCGUAGAGGGCCCUCUUCUGGACAAACUGCAAAACUACAGGACAAAGGGGCUACCUUUCACCGUCUUUGCCUCUUUUCUCACAUCUUCUUCACUCAUUUGUCUUUCUCAUGCUAAGAUCUAGAAAUGGAAGUGGAGUUAGGUGGAGCCAGGCUGCGGUAGCUUUGUUUACCUUCGUUUGGUUUGGUUUUUUAAGCCGGUUCAGUUUCAAAGGAGUUCUCUGGAUUUACUCACAAACCCAGAGCCCUGUUCAUAUUCCCAUUUCCUGCACUUAGAAGCAUCACCGUAGUAAAUUAGUGACCAAACUUUUCUUCAGGUAACACAGCCGUAGCAAAUAUUUUAUACAGUUAUACAAAGUAUGAUACAAUCUGUGUUCAUGUAGACAAAAUAACACGCACUCAAGCUAGAGAUACUGCACAUUGAAAUCAGCUGGAGAAGGACAGAUAGUUACAUUUCAAUCCACUCUCUCUGUUUAUGGUUGUACUUUCAUAUUAUGCUGUUAAGUUAUGCAUUCUGAUAUGUAGCAAAAUUCAGGUAUCUUUUUACAUCUGUUACUGAAGCCAAAUAUAUGAUAUCUGUUCUGUUUGUAUUUCUAAAGAUGUUUCAAUAUUGUCCUUAUGUUGUGUUGACUGGCAUGUUGGACAAACUGCGGAUUUGAGUUCUCUACACUGUGAAGCCCUGUCUGGUAGCGACAGGAGUGUGUGUGCAAGUGUGUGUUUGUGUAUGUGUGUGUGUGUGUGAGAAGGAAAGACUGUUAUAAUGUCCAGUGGAAAAAGAUUCACAGACAGAACCAACCAUGUGUAUUCAUUCUAUAACUGCAAUAUAAGAUGUGUAUUUAUUUUAUAAUGUAUCAUGGCUAUCAUUUUGACUUCCCUCACACUUCAACCAUUACAUGACAUAGAGCUGAUGGUCCAUGUUUUAAUCUCAGUGACAUUCUGCACUCUGCUGUCUUACUGCAUAACUGUCAGUAAUAGAAACCAAAUAUGGAUCAGAGCUAAUAACAUUAUCACUGUCAUAGUCUGAAAAUCAGCGUUACUGCUCUUUACUUUCUACCAAAAAAUUGUGUGUUUGUGUGUGAGAGUGUAUGUAUCUGUGUGUAUGUUGGAGCAAGGGUUAAAAUAUGGCAAGUACUGUACAUCUACAUGUGUAUUUACUAGUCAGUCUGGUAUUGGUGUAAUCUAUCCUGUGAAUACCUGUCUCCUCCCGCCAUGGAUGUGUGAUUGUGUGUGUUUAGAUCUUGUGUGUCAGUGUGUGUGUGCACACUUUGGUUAGUAUGUCAGUGCACACGUGGAUGGUUGUGAAAAAAGAAUUAGAGGUGUCCAGCUCCUUUUAUGUGUGCAUGCUGUGAUAUGUGUGUAUACUGUACUUCAGUGUGUGUGUGUGUGUGUGUGUGUGUGUG